AUGUCUAAACACGGGUUCCACGACUCUGUGUCGCUGAUGACGUCGUUUGCCAACUCUCAGCGCCAAAAACCCUACAGAAACAUCACCAGAAGCGAUACCAACACCACCGACAUGGCCCUGAUGGUAGACACCCAAAGUCUUCGAACAAUCGACCAGCUCUCCACGGCACGGCCAAGCGUCACGAUGCUGGACAAGUUGUGGACGCAGAUCGACGUGUUGGACGAUGUGAAGCGGAUGGCGCAAGAUGUUCGGGAGAGGGGCACGUUUCUCAACGAGGAGUUCGGGCAGAAGCUAGUUGAAAUGAAGGAAGCACAGCAGCGGCUUCUAGAUGUAAUGAAUCGGCACCAAGAGCUCAGUGAAAAGAGCCGGCAAAGCAUGAAGGAGCAGCUCGAGCAAGGACCCAUAGAGCGGAUGGAGGAAGAAGCUAUUCGCAAGGAUAAUGAAGAGAAACAGAAGAAAAUGCAUGAUUUUUUCUUUGGCGACGACCAGGAGUACGGAGCGGAGGAAUCCAAGGAUUUUGAUGAGCUUAAUGGCUACGUUGAUGACGUGAGGAAUCUGUUGGCUCAAAUCGCAGAAAGCAUGGCCAGGUUCGAUGACACCACCAAGGAUUUGUGGUAA